AUCAUAAUCUAUUCACGAGUCGGAAAUGAGAAACAUGACACGACUGCUGUUCAGAAUGAAAACGCCGGCGUUUUGGAAAUUUUCAAACUUACAACUUUAGUUAUAUAUUCUAAGGCAGGAAUUAGCUAUUUCUGGGCUGAGUUUUUGUAGUAAUUAUAAUUCAAGAAUUUAAAGUUGGAUUAUUGAAUUCUCAGCAGACAUGUUUCCUUCUGUCAUGUCCAACUCUACUAAUUCUAAGUCUGAGGAAGCUAGUAUUUCUUCAGGUCCUAGGGUUCAUGACUAUGGUAGCUUAAAAUCAGUGCUGCAAAAAACCCACAGUAUUAUUCCAAAUCAGCCACAGAAAAUCAAGAAGAAGAGAAGCCUCCCUGGAAAUCCUGAUCCUGAUGCUGAAGUGAUAGCACUAUCUCCAAAUACCCUUUUGGCUACCAACAGAUUUGUUUGUGAGAUCUGCAACAAGGGCUUUCAGAGAGAUCAAAACCUUCAACUCCACAGAAGAGGGCACAAUCUUCCAUGGAAAUUGAAGCAAAGAAGCAGCACAGAUAACAGAAAAAGAGCAUAUGUAUGCCCUGAGCCAACAUGUGUUCAUCACCAUCCGUCUAGGGCUCUUGGGGAUCUUACAGGAAUAAAGAAACAUUACUGCAGAAAACAUGGGGAGAAGAAAUGGAAAUGUGAGAAAUGUUCAAAGAUUUAUGCAGUUCAAUCAGAUUGGAGAGCUCAUUCUAAAACGUGUGGAACAAGAGAAUAUAGAUGUGAUUGUGGAACCAUUUUCUCCAGGUAAUGAAUGAUCUCUUGAACCUUUUUUCUAAACUAUCUACAUUUGGUUUUAUUUUCUUGACUUACAUAGAGUAUAUACUUUUUUUUUUUCCUUGAAGUUCUCAAGUUUCAGUUGUCUAUUGAUACUUG